AUGAUCCCUUUUCUGGAGCUCUCCAAGCGCCUCGCCGCAAAGGGCCACGCCGUCGCCUUCGUGUCAACCCCGCGGAACCUCGCCAGGCUGCCGCCCAUGCCGGCGCACCUGUCUGCCCGCAUCCGCUUCGUGGCGCUGCCGCUGCCGGCUGUGGAGGGCUUGCCGGAGGGCGCCGAGGCCACGUCUGACCUGCCGCCCGACAAGGUCGAGCUGCUCAAGAAGGCCAUGGACGGCCUCGCCGGCCCGCUCGCGUCGUUCCUCGCGGACGCCGUCGCCGCCGGCAGGAGGCCCGACUGGGUCAUCCUCGACUUCUGCCACCACUGGGUCCCGCCCGUCGCCGACCAGCACAAGGUGCCAUGCGCGGCGUUCCUGAUCUUCCAUGCCGCCUGCAUGGCCUUUAUUGGGCCGCGGUGGGCGAACGACGACGCGUACCCACGCACGAAGCCAGAGGACUUCACCGUGCCACCAAAGUGGAUCCCCUUCCCGUCCACCACCGUCUUCCUCCACCACGAGGCCCGGCGGAUGCUCGCGGACAACUUCGGUGAGAACGCGUCAGGCAGGUCGGACACUGACCGUUUGUGGGACGUCUUCGAGCGUUGCUGCCUCACCAUCCACCGGAGCUGUCGCGAGCUGGAGCCUCGCAUGUUCACCCUCCUCUCUGAUCUCUUGCGGAAGCCCGCCGUCCCCGCCGGGAUCCUUCUACCGGAGGCGGUUGAGGACCGUGAUCAAGACCACCGGCAGAGCAGCUCAGGUGGCGUCCUGCGUUGGCUCGACGACCAGCCUCCUAAGUCUGUCCUCUACGUCGCGCUGGGAAGCGAGGCGCCACUGACGCUAGAGAACAUCCAUGAACUCGCGCUCGGACUGGAGCUCGCCGGCGUGCACUUCCUUUGGGCGCUACGCAAGCCGGCCGGCACCAACAACAACCAGGAGCUGUUGCCGGCCGGGUUCGAGGAGCGGACACGGGCACGAGGUGUGGUCUGCACAGGGUGGGUGCCACAGGUGAAGGUGCUCGCUCACGGCGCCACGGCCGCGUUCCUGACGCACUGUGGCUGGGGCUCCAGCAUCGAAAGCUUCGCCUUCGGGCUUCCGCUGGUCAUGCUCCCUUUCCUCACUGACACGCCUAUGAUCGCACGGGCGAUGGCGAAAAGAAGGGUCGGUGUGGAGGUGGCGAGGGACGAUAGCGAUGGCUCGUUCGACAGGGACGGUGUCGCAGUGGCCGUGCGGCAUGUCAUGGUGGAGGAUGAAGGUCUGGUGUUCGCAACCAACGCCAAGAAGCUGAAGGAGCUUGUUGUGGACGAGGCGCGCCAGGAGCAGUACAUCCACGUGCUGGAGGAGCACCUGAGACGCUACAAAGAUGACAGGGGCAGUACAUCGACGAGUUGA